AAGACGGGAGAAGGGGUCAUCGGUGGGGGUGGAAGAGUCCUUGCCGAAGAAGUAGGCUCGGAGACGGAGACGGCGGAAGAAAAGUUCCGCAUCGUGGCGAACACGGAACUCGCUGAGGUGUGGGCGAAGAGGGACAAAGGGAGCAGUGCCUUGGCCUCAAACCCAAGAGUUGAUGUGAAUGAUGAGAAGCUUAUGAAUGAUAUGCAACAAGCUGUGGAUGGUAGGCCACCAGGGUAUGCUGACUCAGCAUUUGAUGACAGUUCAAAUUUGGGAUCAUCCAGUCCUACAGAAGGAUCCAGUACGUGGGAACAAGAUCAAUCACACUUUGACAGCUGUGCAUCAGCAUGUUCAAGGUGUGCUACCACACGUAAUCAUGUUAUUAAAAGAGCAGAAGAAGAUGAGGAACAUCAAAGUAAUGAAAACAACAAGAAUGAUACUGGGGAACUGGAAGAAGAAAGUCACAAUCUAGGCUCUGGCGCUACUGAGUACAAUGAAAAUGUUCUCAACGAUAACAUCAGCAAAUCUCAAGAAAUGGGUGUCAACAGCACUGUAAUAACUCCAACUGUGGAAAGUGAAUCAAGAGAAUUGAUGGAAAAUACCAUAAAUGAAAUCCAUAGGGAUGGAGAGGUAAAAAAAUUAAGAGAGCAAACACAAAAUUGGGUUCUGGAAUCUGAACCUGAUCCUGAAGGAGAAACUGGAAAGAAUGGAGACAGAAGACAGCCUGAGCAGAAUCCCAACGGUGAGCCAGAUCUCAAGGAAAACCCUUCAAAUGAAGUAGAUGAGGCACAAAGUGAAGGGGAAGAAGACAGGAUCAAAGAUCUGGAAAAGGAAGUGCUGGAUAGUCAGGCAGAAAAUACUGAAGUAGCAUAUUCUGAGCAGGAAGCUCAUAUUCAAGAGAGUGAAUCUGUGAAAGAGGACCAAAACAGUGAGAGAAGUGAGGAUAAAAUGGAGGAGAAUGGAGCUGAUGAGGUAGGUUCUGAAGAUACUGAAGAUGAAGAGACUGAAACAAUUUCAAAAAGUGACAGUGGCAAUGGAUCAAAUGAAGGAGGAGAUGACACCAAAACAUUUGCAAAGGAAGUGCAAAUGAUGGAUGAAAAAACUGAAGGAGUAAAAAUUGGGCAGGAUGAGAUUACUGAGGCAGGUUUUAUUUCUGAUGAAGGAGCAGCUGUUCCCUUCCAAGGGUCUGAUGUAAAAGGGAAGGAAAAGGCUUCUGAAUCUGAAGGAAGUGUGGCCGAAAGCAUCAGUGAGAACACAAGGCUGUCUUCUGAGGUGCAGGAGCAGGAGCAGGAGAAAGAUGAUGAAGGAGAUGAGGCUGACGUGGAGGUAGAGGAGGAGCCUCCGUUGCAGCUACCUUUCAGAGAUCGAUCUCACAUUGACAAAACACUUCGGCUGAAUGAAAAGACUACAACUGAUGAUUUCUCAGGUGUACUGCAGCGGUUACGGAAGAUAUACAACAAUGCUAUCAGACCUAUGGAGCAAGCAUACAAAUACAAUGAACUGAGACAACAUGAAAUUACAGCCUAUCCAGGACGUUCCAUGACCUCAUUUCAAGAUGGAGAAAUUGUAUCAAAACCAAUGGUAUUGUUUUUGGGACCCUGGAGUGUUGGAAAAUCCACCAUGGUCAACUAUCUCCUUGGACUGGAUGAGACUGUCUACCAGUUGUAUACAGGUGCAGAGCCAACUACAACAGAAUUCACAGUACUCACACAUGGAAAUAAGAUACGGACUGUGGAAGGAAUUGUCAUGGCUGCCGAUAGUGCUCGAUCAUUUUCUCCUCUAGAAAAAUUCGGGCAGAACUUUCUAGAGAAACUUGUUGGCAUCGAGUUCCCACACAAGCUGCUAGAACGAGUGACUAUUGUGGACACCCCUGGAAUCAUUGAAAACCGUAAACAGCAAGAGAGAGGUUAUCCUUUCAAUGAUGUUUGCCAGUGGUUCAUUGACCGAGCGGACCUCAUAUUCGUUGUGUUUGACCCUACAAAGCUAGAUGUUGGAUUGGAAUUAGAACUGCUCUUCCGUCAGUUGAAAGGUCGUGAAUCCCAAAUCAGAAUAAUUCUAAACAAGGCUGAUAAUGUAGCCACUCAAGAACUAAUGCGAGUCUAUGGAGCUCUCUUCUGGAGCUUGGCACCAUUAAUCAAUGUCACUGAACCACCAAGGGUCUAUGUUAGCUCUUUCUGGCCCUUUGAGUACCAACCUGAUACAAAUCAAAAUCUCUUUCUGAAAGAGGAGGUCUCCCUACUGGAGGAUCUUAAUCAAGUGAUUGAGAACAGGCUGGAGAACAAAAUUGCUUUUAUCCGCCAGCAUGCAAUCCGUGUGCGCAUUCAUGCCCUUCUUGUGGACCGCUACUUGCAAACUUUUAAAGACAAAAUGACCUUCUUCAGUGAUCCAGAACUGGUUUUUAAUGAAAUACUGGAUGAACCAGACAAAUUUUACAUCUUUAAAUCCAUCUUGGCUAAAACAAAUGUCAGCAAGUUUGACCUUCCCAAUCCUAGCGUCUACAAAGAUUUUUUUGGCAUUAAUUCCAUCAAUAGUUUCAAAGUGUUAUCUGCACAUUGCUCGUACAUGGGAGGAUGUCUGCUGGAGAAAAUCGAGCGCAUCAUCACCCAUGAGCUUCCUGCUUUGCUGGGAGCGAUCUCCACUGGGAAAAACCCAUCCCUUUCAUCCUGUGACAUCACGGGAUGUGGAGAAACGCCAAAAAACCGAUACAGAAAGCCCUGAUCAAGGAGCUUGUAAAUUAUUUAUGGGUGAAAUAGCUUAUGUCUUAUGUGUCCAAGAAGCCAUGGUUCAUUAACCCUUUGAGAACUGAACUUUCAGAAUUCAAGCACCUAUUGUAUUCCUUAAGGACAUUAAGAAAUAUCUGUACAUAAGACAUACUUUUCAACAAACAUCAUUCAGUGUGCAAAGAUGCACCAACCUGGUCAUUUUUGAUACAGUUUAGAAAAGUUUAUAAAGCGCUCAGAGGGUUAAUUUAUUUUGCAAUGUAGCAAGUGAUUAGUCCCAUGAUGCAUGUUUAGAUAGAGCUUUGACAGCAUUUCUGCAAUGUUUGGAGCAUGUUGAUUCUCAGUUCUUGCUGGUGCUAACAUUUGUUCUUGUAUUUUUCUCAUUGUCCUUCUCCUUUUUAGUUAUUUCUUAUCACUUUGAACUGUCUAAAAUGUAGCUCCACAUUCACCUAACCUACCUUCCAGUUAGUUUCACUUUCUUCACCAUCCCAUAUUUAUGCAUCAUUUUGAACUUGAUUACAAAACCAUUCACAGAUAUUGCUGAGAGAUACAGAGGUUGUAAAAGUUUAGCUUUUGAGUGGUCUUGCACUCCGUUCAGAAUCUCACUGGCUGAUAUUAUUGGUUCCAUUGCCAAAUCACACAGAACAAAAUUUAAAAAAAAGAAAUUCAAUUGUAAAGUGAGCAAUGGGUUUUAAACCAUUGUUGGUAAUACAAGGCCUGGUUACAAAACACAUUGGUUCACAAUCCAUAAAAGUCUUUAAAUUGUUUCAUGAAACAGAUUAGGAUUGCAGAUUAUGAUAAUCUUACAAACUAUUCAACCAAUCAUCUCUUUCUCUUGUUCAUUUUUUUCUUCACUGUAUUUAUAUGAUGCUCAACAUACUUUGGUACAACAGAUAUACAGACAAAUAGAUCAUUUAUAAAUUGUUCUUGUGAUAGGGACUUACAGGUCACCUUAAAUGGGAAUUUUUCUAGGAACACAAUACUAUGCUGUUUUGACAUUGUAGGAACAUUUUGCAUUGACAUCACUAGAACAUAUUUCUUCACUUUCUUUGAGACAUGAAGUCUUUCAGAUCAGAAUGCAAUAACCACUUAAGAGGUAAUUAAAGGAAAGUUAAUUUUAGAGUGAAAGGUUUUAAAUCCUGCAAGCAUAAAUGCUUCACACUUAUUUAAUAGCACAGCCAAAAUGAUACUUGCCUCCAGACAAUACAUUGCUUCAUCACUUCUGUUUGUUCUUCAUGUUCUUUUUUCUAAAAACUUUCUUGUGUAUUUUGCCCUGUUUCUAGAGCCAUUCAUGUACUUUUCCAAAACAACUAUCUUUGUCUUUGGGUGGAAAUGCCUCUCCACCUCCGUUUAAUACAUUUCGAACAGAAUACUGAAAUCAAUAAAUUUCUCCAAUCAGUACAGUUUACAGUACAAGUGUGUGUGCUAACAGGGAAAGAGAAGAGCUAAUGAGACAACUAGUGAAAGGGUGCACCUUUGAACAUUUAUAAAAUAAAACAAGAUAUGAAAUAAAUAUACAAAUGACUGAACAUUAUUUAAUAAUGACAUCCAUGGUUUCCUUUCUAAUUGUUUGGAAAUGGCAUUGGAGGAAUUUGAUCCUCACCCACACAUAAAUCCUUAUUUUCAUCCAAGUGAAUAAAAAUAAUUUGACUUCCUUGGUGCAUUAUUUACUGUCAGCUAUAUUUCAAAGGUCAAGAACAUAACUUGGUGGUUGGCCAGCAUAAAUUGGUCAUUUAACUACAUAUAAAAUUGAGGGGUAUAGGUAGGGUAGACUGCAGGAAACUGUUCCCAGCAUCAGAAGUACAUAAAACUAGAGGGUAUAAAUUUAGGGCAAGAGGAAAGAGAUUUAAUGGAGAUAUGAUGGGGACCUUCUUCACCAAGUGAAAGUACCUGGAAUGUAUUGUCUGACAGAGCGGUUGAAGCAGGGUCGUUAACAGUAUUUAAGAAGUGUUUAGAUGAGCACUUGAAUCACAUAGGCAUAGAGUACUCUGGACCAAGUACUGGGCGAUGAGAUUAAUACUGAAGGUCGGAAUGGAAUAGAGAGGCCAAAAGGUCUGUUUCCGAGUUGUAUGAUUCCAUGGUUUUCCAAGGACUGCAGUAUGCAAUUGGCCUUUCUUGGUGAGAUGUCACUAUAUAACUUAAAACAAUGGUCAUUUUGAUGGGUAGCUAUGGUGAAAUUGACAGCGCUUUCACCUCUGGAUCAGCAGUUUCUGAGAUUUAGACUCACUUCAGAGAUUUGAGGCUGACCUUUUGGCUAAGCAUAUAGUCUUAGAACUUUGUAACAGUGGAGUGUAACUAAUAAUGUCCUAUUACAGAGACUCCAUAGCAUCUUCUAGGAAUAGAGAAUGAGAUAUAUGGUAUAUUUUAUAUUAUUGCUCAUAACUUGUGAAUCUUGGUGUGAACUCAACAACAUUGGCCUUAUAAGGUUGGGUGAGUGACUAAGGACAUUAGAAUUGGAGGGGGUGGGGAAGAGAGAGGGAGAGAGAUGUGUACAGUACUGGCUGUAACCUGUGAAAGGUCUGUGCUUUGGUAACUCUUUUACAGGGAAACCUGAUAUUACGUUACAAUUUGGAGAAUAUCCAAAUCCAGAGAUGCAAAACAGGCUAUUAAUUUUCUAGAGUUGAUUGCAUAACUAUAUGGUGCUUGCAAGGAGUGUUGACAAUUGGAAACAUAUUGGGACACUGUAGAUACUGGCAUAAGUUUAAUGGAUGGAAAAUUGUUAGGAAGGAAUUGAAAUUAAAUUAACCCUUUCAUGCAGUCUUUCAGAUUUCGUCUUUUACCUUUCUAUGAAUUAAUAUUGAGAAGUUUGUGAUAAGAAAGAUAUGUUGUUCUUCAGGUAGAGAAUAAACACACUGUAUGGAAUUUGGAAACAGCUGGUUUAAUAGGUCAGGAGGCAAUAAACUGAAUAAAUGAUGGAACCCCUUGAUAGCAGAGAGACAACUGAAUAGAAUAGUUUAUGGCGAGCUGGUGAAACCUUCUUAUUAUUUCAGAUUUAACAUAGCUUAAAUUACAUUUUUAAUGGGUUGAACCUGAAUCUUGAGAUUCAUAUUUUAUAUUUUAUUGCUGGAUUGCUUCAGAGUUAAAACCUAAAAUCACAAAGCUUGGAAAUAUCCAAAAAUAAAACUCUGAACUUUUGUAUUUCACUUCAGAGGUAUGGAAUAAAUCAAAGAGCAGUUUACUUUGAUUUGUAAAUUUCAUAGGCCCUUCUAAUAAAGCUUAUGUUGAAACAUCUCACUUUGUUCUUGCUUUUUCUGAGUGUCUGAAAUGUUUCUUGCACUCUCAAUCUGUCCAACUUUAUUUCAUUGUAUCAUUUGUUUCUUUUGAAGUCCCAAAGGUGGUAGGCUUUUUAUAAAUGUUUCUUUAUUGAGUACUACUGAAACAUGUUGCAUGUGUCAUAUUUCCUGAGA